UUUGCAACGAGAAGGCAACCAUUUACGCUGCAAGAAAAAAAGAAAAACAAAACCAGCAAACGCAAUGCCAUUCAAUUGCUCGUACUUCUUGCAAAACGACAUCGAGGAACCGGUAGCACUAUUUGAAUACCUAGAAGCCCUAGGAACGUUUGGCGCGGCUUUCGCUAUUUUUGGCAUAAUCUCCACUGCAACCGUUACGGCCAUCUUUGUUCUAAGCAUUUUCCAUGUUGUCAGAAAACACCCAUCGCAAUGGAGACGUCUCGUGACCUGGAUUGUUUCAAUGCCUAUGAUUGUGUCUAUCCUCUCUUUGGUGACAUUCCUCGUACCUGGAGCCGCCAUAUUGUGCGAUACUGUCAAACAAUCGUAUUUGCCUUUUGUGUUAAUGCACUUUAUCGACCUGUCAUUGCUGAUAGAGGGUGGUCAUCGGGAUACUGUUCAGGAUCUAAAAGACAAGGACAUUCCAAUCAAUUUUUGCCGACCACCUUGGUGCUGUGUUGGCCUCUGCUACCGCAACGUAAACUAUAAUAAGAAAAAUUUACGGAUCAUGAAAAGUUUGGUAUACCAGACACCAUUGUUUCAAUUGCUUAUUAAUCUAUUGAUGGCCGUUUUGGAAGCAGCUGGCGUCCUCCACAGAGUGAUCCGCAACAAUGCCUUUGCCACCCUCGGAAUAAUCAACAUAACAUUUUUCACAAUCGGAAUGUACGGUUACAACGUCUUAACAACUGGUUUUGCCCAGAUAUCAGAAUGGAGAAAUUAUCCCCUGAAAGCCAGAGUACUAUUUGUAUGCGUAGUAUUGUUGAAAGUUCAAACGCUUAUUUUACUGCUCCUGGGAGUCGGUGGAACAAUUCCUUGUGUUGAACCUUAUAUUUCUCCAGUUAUCAUGAGAAAAUCGAUUGAAUCAGCCCUUUGUUUGGUCGAAGCUUUGAUAUUCAGCGUAAUUUUCUACCCUGUAUUCCGAGUUGUGGACAGUAGCGCCAGUCGGCUAGGAUUGCAUACAAGUCCUACCACAACUUCCGUGGUUUCCAUGGACGAUGUUCAAGCCUAAAAUUACCCGAAGUUUCGGCAAUGUACAGUAUACAUAUUUAAAAACGACGGAUUUCAUAAUAACACAAAACUGAUUUAUGUUGUACGUAUCUAAUCAAGUAUAAACUGAUGUAAA